GAUGCAGGAAGGAAUGUAAGCCCUCCUCUGCUUUUCCACUCACUGGGUGGGGCAUCCCAGAGAAGCAGUUGUGUGACCAGAGCCUGGCACACCUUGUGGUAAAGCCCUUAACCUGGCAGGAAGAGCUCCUGAGCCUGGCAAAGCUCCUGGGUCAGCCAAGGGCGACUGGCUGUGGAGGCGAGCGAAGUGCUUCCUCCUCCCUCUCUCCCAGCCCAUCCAUCAGGCACCGUCGCUGCCUUCCUGCUUUCACUUCCUGAGACUGCACAGAGGAUGCCCCCUUCAGUCCAGACUCUGGGAAGCUGGCCAUGAGGAGCCACUGCACCAGCCCUCAUCCCCAAAGCUCACCUGCUUCCAGGACGUGGGAUCAUCCACACCACUCUCUGAAGAGAUGUUGAUUUGCUGCUUCCUCAAGAAGAUGGCAGAAAGCUGUUUCUUGGCUCCAGUGCUGCUGUGGCUGUUCUUCCAAUGGACAAAGGGAGCAGAGGGCCCCCCGGAGGAGACCAGGGCCACCACAGUAAACUUUCUUUUUCUGCUGCCACCUCCAGAGAACAUACUGGGCGAAGUGCUGCCCACUCAGCGUGGCUUCCCUAGGGGAAAGUAUCCACCUGGGCAUUCCAUGCAGCAGCAUCACACAGGCUCCCCGGAUCCAUCUGUCUCCCCGCUGGGAAUUCUUAAGCCUCUUGUCCAACCUAUCAUACGGAGAGAAUCUGCCAGGGAAAAGCUGGGCAUCUGGUUGUCCUGCCAGGUGCCAGGGGGCACGGUGGAUGUCAUUGAAUGGAAACGGGAUGGGAAGCCAGUCUCUGUGGGCCAGAAGCGUCACCUCCCAGCAAACCUGUUGAACCUCCCAGAGACAGAGGCAUCCAGCUGUGGGUCUUACUCUUGCAAUGCCAGCAACUCCAUCAGCUGGAAGGAGUCUCCCUUGCUGAGCGUGACACUUGGGAUCUCCAAAGCACUGCAGGUGUCCCUUCAGAUUGCUGCACUUGCUCUCGUCUUUGCUGGUUUCUCUGGAUGGGGGAUCCUUUUCCCUCUGUGUCAGCCAGAGAAACUUAGGAUCCGAGGAAAGGCCUGGACGUGGCUCAGCACCUACACAAACGGGCUGACGUGCUUGGCUUCCAUCCUGGCCUUUGUGGCCCUGAUCCUCUGGAGCUAUGAUCAAGGACUCUCUGCCGCCCUCAUCUUGCCAAUGUUCCUUCUCCUCUACGUGAUGAUGGUCACUUCGCUAGUCGUGGGAUCCAAUGUGUUCCAGCUGGGAGUGCUUCACCAGAUCACAGACAAGGCAGUACAACGUAUGGUGGACUUCACCACCCCUGCAGGGUUAAUUUUGGCCAUUGUGAUGUCCGGUCUCCAAAUGAAGUGCAUAAUGAACCUGCAAGAGCAGGGGUGUGCUGCACCAGUAGACCUAACACCUGUGGUAGCUGGAGCAGCUGGCCUGUGUUUCCUUCCGUUUACAGCCAUUGUUGUGGUCCAUUGUGUGGAUAUGCAGAGGAGGACAGCAGAAGACCGAACAUCCAGAAGGCAAAAAUGGAACGAGCUUCAAGCCUUCCAAGAGGGGACCCUCGGCCUCCCUUGAGUCCUCCGCGCUCUCUUGAAGAGUCUGUGUGUGCCUGGGCUGGAGGGGCAGCAGCGGCGCCUGGGCUGGAGGGGCAGCAGCGGCGCCUGGGCUGGAGGGGCAGCAGCGGCGCCUGCUGCCUCCGUUUGCUGGACCUUUCCAGGCUUCCUGUGUGGACCCCGCCCCGAAAGCCUGCCUUAAAAGGCUUGGGAAUUCUUGCCGGCUGUGUGCUCGGAACCGCAACCCUCACGAGGGUCAAUAAAAAGUGUCACAAAGCGGCUGC